AAGCCUCCUAUUCUCAACUGCUGCAAGCCGCUUCCUAGCCGCUCCUUGAGCAACAACAGACGCGGCGGGGCACUUAGGAACAAUGAAAAUAAGUGAGCUUUCCCAGUUUGAGGGGCCAUAUGAUGUCCUUUGUGAUGAUGUCAUAAGAACUAAGGGAUCAAAGUGCAGGUUCCGUCACUGUGAAAAAGCCAUUGGCAGUGAUAUUGUGUGCUCAUUAUGGAGAGAGGGAAAAUGUUCCCAUCAACUUUGCAAAUUUAGACAUAUGGAAAUACAGCAAAAAUACAACAGCAUCUCAUGCUUCUGGGAAACACAGCCUUUAGGCUGUGUGAGGAUCAGUUGUGUCUUCCAUCACAGGAAACCUCGUAAUAUCAAUGGACUUUUUUUGCCCCCUAGUAAUGAUUCUACAUUGCAAGGGGAAGUUCAGGAAGGAAUUUUGCAUGCUGCUCAAAAUCAAGAUUCCACAAAAGGUCAGGAGAAUACAUUAAGGCCUAUUCAUCCUCCACUUAUUAUUACUAUCAAUCUUGAGGAGGAAGAAGAGGAAGAACAAGAAGAAAAAUAUGCAUCUUAUUUAUUGUCAAAGACACCAGAAGAUAUAGAAGAAGAAAAGGCAAUAAAGGAAAUGUGCUAUAAAUCUGGUGAUGGUGUUGCAGUUCCAUCAAAGUUUAACAUUAUAGAAAGACAAACAAAAAUAACAGCCUCAGUGGACAGUUGCUCUAAAUCUGAACUUAGUGCCUUUGAAAAUGGAGGAGGUGAUUGUUACUUGUCACAAAGAAAUAUAUUUGUUGAAGGGAUACAAAACAAAAUGUUCAAUGGAGAGAAACAAUUUACCAUGCUAAAGUGCUUAAACGUUAAAGCUACAAGCCAUUCAGAAAGCAUCAAGAAGCAUCAUUUUAAAGGAGUCAAGAAAAAGAAAUGGCUAUCUGAGGAAUCAAAAAAUCUGCCUGCCCCUUUGACAGCAAAAGCAAUGCAUACUUCAAACUCUAAAAGUAAAGGGAAUUGCCAACAAAAUGAUCAAAUCAAGAAUCCUGAGAAUGCCUCUUAUGUUCCUUCUCAGAGAGCCAAUGGGAGAAGUAUUUCCUUGAGUGCGCCAAUGGCUGGAAGGUCACAGAAUCUCACCUAUGCUAAAAUUGGGGUAGCCAAAGAAUCCAAAAUGAAUUUAUCUACAGAGAGGUGUGCUUCAGCAUAUAAUAUACCAGCCUGGAGAAAAAGAAGCCCGCAUUCUAAAAUAUAUACUAAACCUGAAAAAAUGCAUUCAGAGCCUAGAAGAAAUGGAAGUAGAUAAAAUGGAGGUUAAUUUUAAAGAGAGGAAAGAGGGAAUAAAGAAAUGGUAUAUUGUUCUUCUAUGGUUCGCCAUCAAAAGAGGACAAAAUAUUCAAAUUCAAAUGAUUUGGUUAUCAGGAAAUCCAACUCGAGAUCUAAGGUGACAAAAACAUUCUAAAAUUCAGGAAGUAUAUGUGCUAAAACAUUUACAUUAAAAUAUGUAAACAAG